AGGUAUUUGCCCCCCAAUUACCAAUUCAUUCGUUUAUCGAUUGAAGAGGAGAAGCAGAGAGAGAGAGAGCUUGAAUCAAUCGACUAUGGAGGGGAUCUACCAAGUUUACGUCAAGAUUUUUAACGGCCAACACAAAGCCCUAAAUUUCUCAACUCCGUCUAUACCAAUUCUUUCCAUUAAGGCCCGGAUUCAGCAAAUCACCGGUCUUCCAAUCGAUGAUCAGCGACUCGUUACCGGCACAAGGCAACUCGAUGACUCGUCCGUCCUCCAACAUGACGGAUCGGAUGGGUCGAAUCGCUGCCACCCGGUGGUGCACCUCCUUCUCCGGCUCCCCGGCGGGAAGGGAGGGUUCGGCUCGCUCCUUCGUGGCGCCGCCACGAAGGCCGGCCAGAAGAAAACCAACAAUUUUGACGCUUGUAGGGAUAUGAGUGGCCGGAGGCUGCGCCACGUGAACGCCGAGAAGAGGCUCGAGGAGUGGCGGGCCGAGGCGGAGGAGCGGCAGCUGGAAAAGAUCGCAGAGGAGUUUAUCAAGAAGAACGCGAAAAAGGCCUCAAAGGCUGGAGGGAACGGUGAUGCAGAGAAGUAUGUGGAGAAAUAUAGGAAGGAAGCGGCUCGGUGUAUGGAGGAGGUUGAGAAGUCGGUGAGGGAAGCGAUUGGGAAUUCUGUGAAGAGGAAGGCCACAUCCCAUGGGCCGAGUGGAUUGGAUUCAAAGAGAACGAAAAUAUGGAUGGGAAAGAGAAAUCUGGCUGACAGUGACAGUGAUAGUGAUGACAUGGAUGAGGAUGACAGUGAUGAUGAUGAAGAGGAGGAAACUGAGAAAUCCGUUGUUCUAGAUAGUGGGAACAAUUCAGACUCAAAGGAGGCAGAGGGUAGUUCAGGUUCUGUUGCAAAUGGGAAGCUUGAUGGAGAAGAUUCUACUGGAAAUUCAUCUGAGACUUCUGAUGAGAAGGACAGUGCUAUAAUUGCAAAUUCAUUGCCUAGUGAAAGUUGUGAUGGAGGCUUUGUCAGCGGGCAUAACAUUGAUGCUGGUGAACCAGCAUCAGAGAUUCUUGAAGAAAGUAGACUACAGGAUAGAGGGCUGUCAAUCUCAAUGGAAGCAGUUUUUGAAACUGAAGAUUCCAAGGCUGAGAAGCAAGAAUCCAGUGGAACUGAGCCUGGGAAUGUGAAGGAAACAAUAAUUCACUCAAGUAUCUCUGGCUCUGUAGAGGGGGAAGCUUUUGGAUGUGGAACAACUGACGCAGAAAAGAAACUUGAUUCCAAUGCCCAAUCAAUAGUUCAUGAAGAAAAUGUGGUGGGUAGCUCAGAUGCUUCAGAUAUAGUGAGGCCUCUUAAUUUUGACGAUUUUAAUUCAGCUGCAGAGCUAGAGGCUCUUGGUUUGGAAAGGUUGAAGUCUGAGCUCCAAUCACGUGGGUUGAAAUGUGGGGGUACACUGCAAGAGCGUGCCGCCAGGCUUUUCCUGCUCAAAACUACACCUUUGGAGAGGCUGCCUAAAAAGCUCCUCGCAAAGAAAUGAUGUUGCUCGGUAUGGUUGUAGUGACUGUUCUCUUGUUGUGGGUGAAUCUGUACCUUUAGUCCUGUAAUGCCUGGAUGCUCCUGUUGGAAACCUGCAACUUCCCUGUGCUAAACACUUGUCUCGCAAGUUCUUUCAAUGUAAUGGAUGUACUGAUUAUGCUCGUAGCACUGCAAUCUUGAUGUUUGCUGCUAUUUUAUAUUUAUUAUAUAAACGAUAGGCAGAUAACUUUGGAGUGGCAAUGCAUAAUCCAGGAAUUAUUUGGUA